AUGGGCGACUCUACCUGGAAGAAUAUCACCCCGGCACGGCUUUCCUUUCAGGCAGCUGAUCCAAAGCAUAUUGUAACCUGCCUGCAGUUUGAUAGCGACAAGAUAGUAACCUGUAACGACAACCGGAACGUCGAUAUAUACGACAUCAAAACAGGUGCCCUUCGAACAAGAUUGCAGGGCCAUGAAGGCGGGGUAUGGGCACUUAGAUAUUUUGGAAAUACCUUAGUCUCGGCAUCAACAGACCGUACUGUGCGGGUAUGGGAUCAUGCAAAGGCCGAAUGCACCCAUAUUCUCCAUGGCCACACAUCCACCGUGAGAUGCUUAGAGGUGCUGGAGCUUCCUGAGAGCUCAGAUAGUUCCCCGUUACGGGCGACUCAGCAGCCUGUCAUCAUCUCGGGCUCUCGUGACUCAACUAUGCGGAUUUGGAGAUUACCCCAACCUGGCGACGAGCCGUAUCUUCCUUCAAAGGAGGCUCAGGGCAAAGAAGAGUGUCCAUAUGUUCUCCGGACCCUGGCGGGCCAUACUCAUACCGUGAGGGCGAUGACUGCCUAUGGAGAUACUAUCGUGAGCGGCAGCUAUGACCGGACUGUUCGUGUCUGGAAGAUCUCCACAGGCGAUGAAGUCCAUAAGUUCGACGAUCACCAGGCCAAAGUAUAUUCCAUUGCUUUGGACAGGAAAAGAAAUCGCUGUAUUAGCGGAUCCAUGGACCACAUGGUCAAGAUUUGGUGUCUUGAGAAAGGUAUACUGUUGUAUAAUCUAGAAGGCCACACGUCUUUGGUGGGCUUGAUUAGCUUGAAAGAGGACCAGCUUCUUACUGCAUCAGCGGACUCGACCCUCAGAAUCUGGGACCCUGAGACAGGACAAUGCCGAGGUACUCUUACAGAAGCCGCCCACGUUAUCACUACUUUUGACCAUGAUCAUGACAAGAUUGUCUCCGGUUCACAAGGAGCACUUAAGCUGUGGAAUGCAAAAACUGCUUGCUUCGAGAAAUAUCUUCUUACUGACCUCAGCGGGGUCUGGCAGGUAGGCUUUGACGCCCAGCGCUGUAUUGUUGCAGCCCAGAGGGGUGGUGAUACCUACAUUGAGGUGCUUGAUUUCAGCGUGUCUUCAGACCCUGUUCCUGGCGGCAAUCCAGCCAAAGUCACACAGUAA